CGUUUAUACCCCAUUGAGUACACUUGUGCUGUCAGUUUUGCCUUUUUUCACACUGCUGUGGUUUUGCGGAAUUAAGAUUUGGGUGCUGUAAAAAAACAGAACACGAUCAAGAUGUCUGAAGUUGCUGGCCGAAUUUCGAAACCGGUGCUGCGCGGUCUCCACAAUGCCACCAUCAAGCGCAACCUGAUCGUGUCCAGCGUUCUGUGCACCGUUGCCGUCAUUGCGAUGAAAGUGAUGCACAACGACCCCAAGGUGCAGGACUACGCCGAGUUCUAUAAGACCUAUGACGCGAAUAAGGCUUUCCAGCGCAUGAAGGAUGCCGGUCUGCUGCAAUCGGUCAAGGAUUAGAAAUGGCUCCUUCAGCAAAGUACUAUUUAGUAACAGAGAGAGAGAGAGCGAGAGAGAAUACAAUGUAUGAUCCCUUGGAAGAAGGGUGCUUGAGAUUGCAAUCUGGACACCAAUGGGAAUCGUACAGUAAAAUAAAUUCCGGUUAAUCCAAAUAUGUGUGAAAAAGUUUUCUGCUCUCCGUGUAAGUAGAGUGAUAAUACGUUUCCCAUACACAUUCUCUUAACUGGUGCUU